GCAUCUGUGUUAUCGACCGUCUGACAAUGCGUCGCUAUAGAUUGGCGCGCAACGAAAGCAGCGAUUGUCUGUCCGUGUGAAAAUUUAGUCGAAAAUAUCUGGUUGAAAUGGAAAAUGCGGAUUUUCAGUCUAAUAGAAGUAGCAGAAUGGAACCGAAACCGUUUGCAGCUCGGCCUAUGGUCGAUCCUGAAGCCGAGGGCGAAGUAGAUCCUUCAUUGUACCCACAACCCAAGGAAUCUACUCAUAAAAUUCGCGGAAAGAGCGAUAUGCUCGAGAUGUUAUUUGGUCCCGUAGAUCAAGAACUCUUGGUGGUAAAAAGUUUUUAUUUCUUCUUCUAUUCCGCUUUUGGAUCUCUCUUUCCUCUUAUGGGUGUUUAUUUCAAACAAAUGGGAAUGAAUGCGAGUCAAAGUGGUUUUUUAAUCGGUUCACGACCUUUCGUCGAGUUCCUGUCGGCGCCUUUCUGGGGAAGUCUCGCUGAUAGGUGGCGAAAGGGAAAGAUACUACUUUUGGCUUCCUUAGCUUCUUGGAUAGUUUUUACAGUUCCUCUCGGCUCCAUCCAACCUCCUGCUACGUCUUGUAUGGUUAUUAAGAAUAAUACUGCGUUGCUUACCGCUCCGGAAGUUAAAAUCGGAAGAGUUGUCAUAACGAAGAGAUCGAUUCAAACGGAAAAUUUAGCGGAGGUUUAUUUCAAACAAGAAUCACAAACCCCCACACUUUCCAGGAAACCAAGAGAUCUUCAAUCGGUGUCGGUAAACGCGGGCCAAUCACCUAUAAACGUUCAGUACGCAUCCAACUAUCAAGAAAAAGAACACGAAAGUUGGGUGCAACCUAUCAUAUCAUCGAUAGUUUAUCGUACUCAAGAUAUCCAAAAAUGUUUUUUUCUACUUUUGCUACUUGUGAUUAUCGGGGAAUUCUUUAGUGCUCCAGCAGUUACUCUAGCGGAUUCGGCGGUUUUGACUUUACUGGGAGAAGACGCAGAUACAUACGGCCAUCAAAGAAUGUUCGGAUCACUCGGUUGGGGUUUAGCUAUGUUUUUCGUCGGUAUAGCUCUAGAUCAUUCGACUGCUUUUCCGAACCAUCCGUGCGGGCCCGAUAAAAAGGAAAAGAACUACACCAUUUGCUUCGCCACAUUCUCCGUUCUCAUGGGCGCCGCUUUAAUCAGCGCUACCCAAAUUACAUUCAAAUAUGAAGAGCCAAUACCAGAAUCCACAGUAGUCGAUGACAAGACUCGAACGCCCACCGAAGAGGAUCGCAUGCAAGCUCAACUGGCUGAACAGCUCAACCUUCCUUCUUUAGCUGAUACUAGAGCUGUUGAUGGUCAGCCGGUUGCACCUAAGGAACAAAAGUCCAAAAUAUUUGCUCAAACUACUCGAGAAAUUCCCGAAUGGUUAACAGUAAUCAAACAAUACAAGAAUCUGAAAUGCGCGUCUUUCCUCUUCGUCGCUUGGUUCAUGGGCUUUGGAAUUGGAUUGAUAUUCACCUUUCUGUUCUGGCAUUUACAAGAUUACGGUGGAUCGCCUACAUUGUUCGGAGUUGCUUCAGUUAUCAAUCACGUAUCAGAAAUUUUUGCAUAUUUCUUCAGUUUCCGACUUAUCAGACAAAUGGGACACGUUAAAGUGCUGUGCCUAGGCCUUAUUGGCAAUACCUUACGAUUCUUAUACAUAUCAUGGUUGACCAAUCCGUGGUGGGUCUUACCUUUCGAAUUUAUGCAAGGUAUUACUCACGCAGCGGUAUGGGCAGCUUGUUGUUCCUACAUCGCCCAUAACACCCCAAUAGAACUUCGUUCGUCCGCUCAAGGAGUUCUACAAGGUAUUCAUCACGGACUCGGUAGAGGUUGUGGUGCUGUUAUUGGUGGUAUCUUCGUUAGUUCCUUCGGAUCGACGGCUACUUUUAGAGGAUAUGGAAUUAUAUGUCUAGUAGUACUUGGAGCUUUCAUAUUCAUCAAUUUCUAUAGGGUCGAUCAAGGAUUUGUUUCCGAUUUACCACAGACGGAAGAUCCAAGACAGGUGGCCGAAGAAACAUCUCAUUUGGCUCCACAUGGUGUACCAAGCAAUCCGCUUCCACGAGCUCUAUCUAGUACCAAAUUACAAGAAUUAGGUAAUCAAGAUGGAUACGGAGCGACCUAUCAAAUUGGGCAAGGUGGUACUUUGAACGUUCCGGGGGCGAAUCCGUUUAGCACUCAAACUCAAUCACACCAAUACGUUGGAUACGAGACAGUAACUACUAAGACGGCCUCUUCGAGAUGUAAUUACCCAGAAGCUAGUACUACAGUGAUGAUACAGCAGCCGAUAUCUACUACUAACUCUACAUAUGAAUGGUAACAUGACAAAAUAUCAGAUAAAACAUAUUCGUACUUUUAACUUAUUUGAAAUGGUUAAAAAAAUUUUCUACAUAGUUUCCGAAAUUUUGGAGGCACUCGUCAUAGCGUGGCACAAGUUUUUGAAUGUCUUCUUCAUAGAAAAUUACCGCUUGCGUUUUCAAAGUCAAAAAUGAAAGUCGUUCGUAUUGUGAGGUGGAAGGGAACAUUUUUUGACAGUAAUUCUUGACGCUCGCUCUAUACUACAAUUCCUUAAAGGUCUCGAAGUAUAGUGCAGGAAUUCAAGCUCAAAAUGGUGUCAAACCUCCGAAUUGUUUGAUGCCAAUUUUUCUGAAUAUUUAUAAUUAAGAUCUACAUGAUCGCAAGGUGUGCAAAUUGUUUUUAAUGGGUGAAAACCACCCCUUAUCGAAAAAUACCAAUAUUAGAGUUUUUCCUACUUUUUUUCUAUUCAAAUGUUUUUCGUUUAAGGGCUUGAGACCCUCCACAUUUUAUUAAUAAAGGGUCAAAAAGUUGUGGAUAAGCAAUCAUCGCACUAUAGUGACAGAUUAAUUCGGUUAUAACUCCGUCAAUUUUUAUGCUACAAAAAAAAAAGAAAAGCAAAAUAAUCGUCAUAAAAAAUGCUUUGAUUUAACUGUUUAUUUGUUUUUGUAUCUCGUAUAGUUAUGGAGAAAAAAAUGCGCAAAAAAAAUUUUUUGGAAAAUCAAAAAAAAAGUAUUAUUUAAUGUUGAUUCUUUUUCAAAAUUAUGCAUUUCUAAUCAGCCAAACUUUCAGAUGUCGUAAAUAACAUCCAAAUAAAGUAUUUGGUACAAGGAAUAAGUUUAAUUUUGAUUUUCAAUGAAAUAGCAUUAACUAUUUUCACAUCAUAUCUCACUGAAAUUUCAGUCGAAACGACUUUUAUCAGUAGUCAUUUGAAAGGUCUUUUUAAGCUCUUUAAAAAGUAUUCCGUUACUUUUUGUUGAAAAAUGUACCCUUUUCCCGUUAUUUGAGGUUAAAUGCUCAAUUACGUAAAACAAAAGCUAUUCAAGUGUCUAUAACUUGCUUUAGGUAGAACACUAAGGUCUUGAAAUAAAGCUUAAUUCAUUUGUUUUUUAUAAGCUUCAUUUUCGUUCAUUACACUUUUUUCGAUAAAAUGCAUCAUUACAGAGUUAUACUUAAAAAUAUAUUGAAAAUGCGGGUUUUUUCGACGAAAAAUCGUACUUUUCAAUUGCGAAUAACUCAAAAACUAUUGAUCUGGCCCAGAAAACUCUAUACGACAUUUUUUACUUUAAAUUUAUUGAACUUUCGAUAUCUAGGGUUAUUUGGGGUGAAAAAUUUUCCAUCCCCGAAAAGGAGUGGGGGAUUGCGCACUUUGGCACCAUGUAGAUCUCGCUUUUUGUAUACACACCUAUCAUCUGUCAAAAUUUCAAAUAAAUCGGUGCUGCAUUAAAAAAUUCGGAGGGGAAAUGCUUGAAUACCUGGCCUAAUAAACAUUUGCAUAGAUUGGUUCGCCUCGUGGUAAGAACUUAAUCGAGCGAAAUUCAUUUUUUUCCAAAAAACGGUGCGCAAAUUUUCGAGAUGUCAACUUUCCUUAGGAACGAAGUUUGUCUCUAUUGAAAUAAUUGCCGUUUAGUUUCUGGGGUCUCGUGAGAUAUCCAAGUUUCAUCCCCCCUAACUAUGAAAUGUAAUGCCUCCUCGUUGUUCACCAACGUGAGUUUUCUCUGGAUUAAGACACCAUCUCCAUCUAUAGGCAUGCUGCUAGUGCUUGGAAGGGGAUAAAACUGCAUCAAGUCGUCGGUGAGUACCAAUCGCUUAAACUGGUAAGGUCCGAACUCAUGGGCAAGCCUUAUGAUGUUGAAAGGUUCAACCUUAUUAGCUUCAGACACAUCAAUAGUUCACCUUUACAUCCAAUAUAGUCCAUUCUGUUUCAAUGGAACUGAACCAAAAGUAAUCGGGGUUCAUAUCUAACAAAAAUUAUUAAAAUUGGAUGUACAGAUAUUGGUGAUAAUUUUUUUUUUUUUUUGAAACCCAAUAUAGGUAAUAAUUCAAGGUUUCUUAUAUCAGGAAAAAUGAGUAUUUUUGUAAAUCCUAACAUCAUAAUUAAGAAUGAUGACUUAAUCACAUAUUUUCGUAUACCUGGGAGUAAAAUUAUUUCUCUAUAAUAAUAAUUUACCAUAUUUACAUAGUAUAUUAAUGAAAUAGUUUGAAUUUUCGGGUAACAAAGCCCACUAUGAAAUGUAAAGAAAUUCCGGAUCGUGAUGAUAAAUUCCAUCCAUACAAAGUAACGUUGGUUCAAGAGUUGUCAGAUGACGAUUUUGAUAGACGUGAACAGUUUGCGGACCUAAUGUUACAAUCAAAACUAUCCAAACGUAAAUCGGCAUGAUUGUAGAUACUGUUCACGUAGCAAUCCUCGUUGGAUGCGUUAAUCCCACACCUAAUAUCCCGAAAAACUGGUUUUCUGCGCCUUGAUAUGCGAAAAAUAUACAAGGUGAUAUUUUUCCGGAAAAAGUAAAGAUCUGACAUGUAGAUACCACCAUAAUACCGAACGUAUCACAAGAUCCUUGAGCACAAAAAUUUAUAGAAAUCGUACAAGCCGUUUCCGAGAUAAUUGAGGCGUUCGAUAGAAAUUGUGAGAAUUUAAUUGACGAUUAUUGAAAAAAAUAUAUGUAAAUGUAAAUAGUGGGUGAAAAUGUGAUUGAUAAAUUAACAUCUAAUGUGUAUAAACAUUCAUAAUAUUGUAGGUAUAAAAAGACAUAUCAUAAACGUUUAACAUACGUUGUUGUUGUAGAUAUUAAACGUAAACUUUCAGAUACAUUUUUCAAAAAAUUUUCAACGAACUUUCAUAUCACAUGAAAUUCAAUCGACAAUCGUGUUAAGGCUCGUUGAUUCUUAUGCCGGACCUGUAUCUAUUUUAUAAUGGAAAUUUAUGGAAACUAUGAUCGGGUUAAUGCUAGACUAAAUUUAAAAAACCACUAAUUAUACUCCAAACAUGUUAAUAUACUACACAUACUCCGCCGUAUCUUUUUUUUUAUAUUUGCAACUUUACGAUGUUUUGAAAAUAGAAUUCGAUGGCUCCAAAAUCAAUAUGUGACAUUAAAGUACACGAGAACCACAGAACUUACUCUCUACUAGGUAUAUUUUGAUGUUUUGUGACUAGAAAUGAAAGAAAAUCCAUUAGUUCUGCCACGUACCAUCUAGGGCGCUGGGAUCGAAAAUACGCCAUGUUGUUUCCACCGAAUAACAACCAAGUUUGCAUUUCUUCUUAUACCGUACACAUAGAGAAAGCAGGUUACUUGCUUACCGGCAAUCGGCGCAGUUAAGCAUCGAUAAUUUAGGCAGCUCUUCAAUUGUUAUGGACAAAGACAAAAGACGAAUUUACCGGAAUGAAUUUCCAUUUCGUGGUCGCGCAAAGGGAAACUCUAAGUUGGAAUGAUGAAAUUAUAAAAUUUGAGCAACAAAAAAUGGAAUUUUUACAAUAAAAAGCUAAGCGAUCGCUGGUGACAGUGGAAAACGAUGAUCACAAAUGUUUUAUGCCCCAUGUGAGUAAAAUACCAGCAAACCAAAUACUGUCAUUUAGAGGACGCGUGCAGAAACUUGUUGAGCAAUACGCGUACGGGCAGGGUCGUUUUUUUACAUCAACUCCUCAAGUUUCUCCCUACUCUUGCAGUUCAUAUGCUUUUUCAUCCACACCAGUUCCCCCAAUAUUCACACAAUCAACAGUGGAUACAUUGCAUGAUACAGAAUUGGGAAUAUAAAGGAAACGCGUGACCUGUGCGACUAAUUAGUUCGUGUUGAUUUUUGUUUUCUUGAAUCAUAUUAUAAUUUUGUAUUCUUAUAACUGAAGUGUUCAAUAAAUGUUAAAUUAGUUAAACAAAUAAGGUUUUACUCACCUGAUAGUAAUAAAAAAAGCCGUGAGAAGCAGAGCUCCAUCACGAAAGUCGAAUUUUUCGUCGAAUGAAGAAUUUAACUAAUACACAAACAAAAUAAAAUGAAUUUCUUGGAAAUGAUAUCAAUUCUUAAUCUUAUUUCUUUAUAUGGAAAAUUUGCUAUUCCUCAAUAACUUUUCAUUUCACAAGUUAACUCUGUCAUAAUGACAAGAAAUUUCGAAAAUGGGAAGUAAAAAAAUGAUUUCGGGCGUUUUGUGCUAGAAGAACUGAAGAAGAAAACUUUGAACUUGAGAAAGACAAUUCUUCAACAUCACCCCUACUUGCAUGCCAAGUUCGAACCCUCUAGUUAAACUUUUUCCGGCCAAAAAAUAAGAAAAUAUAACAAUAAAGUUUCGACCUUAGACAGAAAAUCAUCUCGCAACUAAUUGAACCUACAUGUGAAAUUUCAUUUAUCAGUCGCUUUUCGUUUGACCUGCAGAGGUGAGCAAAGGUCAAAAACCACUUUUUUUGCACUGCGACCCCUCGAAAUAUUCAUUUGUUUUCAGCCAAACUCUAAUAACAUCAAUCCGCCGCCAAAAAGGCCAUGUAUGCUAAUUUUGAACCAAAUCGGACCCAUAGCAAUUGCUCGAGAGACGAAAAUAAACUACAGACAUUCGUAAAACCAUCAUAAUCGUGUUCAGGAGGUCUCAAAACAUGGGAAAAAUGAUGUGCCCCCCAUUUUUCUUCUAGUCAUGCCUUGAAAAAUUCGACAAGUCUUUCGAAAAAAAUUGGCUGUUCGUGCCAGUUGCAUCGCGUUUUUGUCAGACGCUGUUAAAUUUUUACUAUGAUAUAAUUAAAUAUGUCUAAUGUCAUCUUUAUGUACUGCCGAAAAGCGUUGCUUAUCUUGCUUCAAAGUCGAGAAAAGAUGAUGAUAUUCUCCAUAAACUACUCCAGAAGUAGUAGUAGUAGCCAUAACUCGACAUCAUGACUCCAUGAAAUCGGGUUUAUCGCUGACUAGGCAAUCGGCUCCAGCAGAAAAAUCGACGCCGGUUUUUAGCGCCUACAAUAGGUGCUGGAUAAUCUGCUUUCUUUAUUCAUGCGGCCUUAGGAUUUGUUCUGUGAUUAGAUAUAUACGUUAUAGACCUCAAAAUCGGUUUUACUAACAUCCACGAAGUUACUAAUUAUUGUAUAGAGGUGGGAACUUUUAUUUACGUCCUAUUAUAUAAAAGAAUUUUCGAAACAUUUUGAUUGUGUAAAAAAUUGUUGUUUAUACUUUGUUUUUUCAUGUUUUGAUAUAAAAAACCAAUCACAACAAUAUAUUUCUCUUUAGUACAAAUAUCGUAGAAAAAUGUAUCUGAAAAUAUUCAAAGAAAUAAAAAUAAUUCAAUCAUAUACGUGAUAAGUUGAUGCUUGUCUAAAUAUAGAAAAACAUAGAUAAUAUAUUGUUUAUUUGACUGAUUAUUAAUGUAAUUAUUUAGCACUUUUUUAUUUUCACAAAAAACACUAUUUAGACUUCGAUUAAGUUGAUAUACUCAUUUGCACAUAUUCGAAUAUCACAUUAAUUUCCUUUUGAUAAUGAAAACUAUUAUUUCACUUUAGUAUAUAAAUUCUAGAAGUGAAUAAAAUUACUUUCUGUCCAUCGACUGAUUCGCCGAUUACGAAUUAGGCAAUAGUUUUUCGAAAAACAAAAUGACGGAUCCAAUAUGUGGACCAUAAUUUCGCAACAGAUCUUGGUUUGCAAUUACCAGCCGUGGAGCGCUCGGAUUCAUAAGAGGCACGCCUGGUUCUUUUUUUGCCCUUAGGUUUCACAUUUUGGCCUUUCCUUUUUCUUUGCGGGAUCAGCUGGAACGUCUUUGGGAUCCAUAAGAUCGUCCGCUGUAAUGCCCUUCCCGGUUUGGAUAAUCAGCUUUUUUGCAACACACUCAGUUCGAAUAUUUUUCAGGUGUUCGACAAAGCUUUCAUGGAUCUUGUCCUUGAAGUCGGACUUUUCACAGACAAAGAACUUUAUUUGGGAAAAUUCCACAUUUUCGGAAUCCUGCUUGUAAGUUAGUGUUGCUCCGGUGUUCCAAGUUUUCUAAGGUGGUUUUAAGCAAUUUGGGGAACAUAUCCUUCGGCACUGUCCCGCACCUUCUGCCUUGAGGAGUCAAUUUCCGCGCGUCCAAUGUUUUCCGCCAUUCAAUCUUUAAUGGUCUAAAAAAUGCCACAUCUAGUGGUUGCAGAAUGUGGGUUGCAUUGGGAGCAAGAGCUACGAAGACAAUGUCAUUUUCUUCACAUUUUUUGAUAACAUCAAAAUUGAAAUGAAAAGAUAAAUUGUCUCCUAGGAGAACCUUUUUUCCCUGUUGCCUUCUAACGAAUGGUAAAAAGUGGUUUUCAAACCAAUCAGCAAAUAUGUAAGAAUCGAUCCAUCCAUUUUUAGAACGACGGUACCUGCAACCUGGUGGCCCUCCCUCAGUCCAAGUAUUAUAGACGUUCUCUGCUCGGUGGUAACAAAUCUCCAGCAGCAUUCCCACACAUCAUUACAGUGGUGCAGGCUUUUGUUGCAUUCCUUAAGUUCAGGAUACUUGGUACCUCUUUUCACAAGUACAUUUGUAGUUGUAAAUAUUUGAAGGUGGUACCUCCUCAACCUCUUUUUCAAAAUGUUUGAAAUAGUCUUCAAUCACAGUCUUAUCCACAGAGGCACGGCUCAAUGAUAUGUUUUUGGCCGCUCUUUGAGAGAUUUCAGGACGUCUUCCCAUGAAAAGCUUGACCCAGUCACUUCCAGGUAGGUUAUCUAUGAAAAUGGAAACAAUCCGGCCACACUUUUCCAGUUAAGACUUGACAAUUACUUUUAGGUCAUUCACGCAAAGAGGAAAGCCAUAGGUUGCUACUGCCAGGAUGUGACCAGUCAGAACCUCGUCUUCCUUACGGGAGAACACUGUUGGACGACCUGGCGACUUAAGGCUGGCUAAGACUGAGGCUUCUUCCGUCGCUUCUUUUUUUGCUUUCAUGUAUAAUGCUAUAGUUGCAACUGGAAUACCGUAUCCACAACAAACGAAAAGAUACCUGUAUAAAUCACAUGCAUUCAUCAAAAAACACAUUUCCAUGUCAACAUAGGAGGUUAAAAUUACUUUUCAGCAGCAGCUCUGAUUGUUAUCUGACGUUUGAGACAUUUAUCCACAGCUUCAUACAAAGUUUCAGCACUGUAGUUGCGGUAGGCACGUGUCCCAAGCUUACGAAUGUAUUUUCGUGGCAUUUCAAGUCAUUAAACUUUUUGAUCACUUAUAUUGAAAAAAAAAACCAAAUGAACAUGUGAGAAUCAAAUGAAACAACACCUAAGAUCGCGGAAUCAUGGUCACAUACAACCGAGUGCGAACUAUGUAGUUUCAUUCGAGUCACCUCUUGAGCGACUCCCCGCUGUUAUACGUUGCCGAGGUUGCCAAGCCGUUGCAAGAUCAACUGGUUUGCAGCCUUUGUUUCAAAACCUUACAGAGGAGAAUCCAUGGUAAAAUACAUUUUAACCUGUAUGUGCACUGUAUGUUUCUAAAGCCUCUUGAAGCCGAAAUUUAUUAUGACUAAGAGGUACCCUACUAAACAUUGCAAAAAGAUCCUUAGCUGAAGCCUUCAUUUUUCGAAUCUUUGUCGGCUUUUUGGCAUUUUCGCCCACUGUGAUUUGCCUGCAAUUGGCGCCGUCUAAUGUUAACAUAGGAUUGGUGUAGGACGCACUAUAUAUAACAAUAAUUAUUAAUAAAAUAUUUAAUAAAGGGAAAACAAAUAUUUUACUAAAAUCCAAAGUCUUGGGUUCUAUUCUUGCGGUUGCUUUUCACGUCAAGAUUUAUAAUUUUUUCAGGAUAUCGUUGCAAAUGAGUAAAAGCGUUUUGUUCAAAUGUUUUAUAAAAAUGGUUAUUGUUUAUGUAGUCUAUUGAAUGUUCAAUAAUAAUAUAGGUAAUAA